UAACUUCAAAAAUAAAAUAAAAUCAUGACUGUCUUAAAAUAGCUGAAUCAUUCAGAUCAAUUAAUAAUAUAUACAGAUUCAAACAAUGUGUAUAUAAAUGUAUAUUCAAAAUAACCAUUAUUAUUCUGAACUCCUGGCCGAGUUUUAGAUGAUUAAACACUAUGUUAUUGACUAUUUGAUAUUUUUAUAAUAAGUGCCAUGUGAUACUAUUAUAAUUUCCCUAUUAAUAAGUAUAAUAAAUAUUAUUGUCCUAGUUAUACAGUACUUACUAUGAUAAAAUGGCAUCAUCUUCAUUAAGGAGACUAUUUCACUGGGGACCGCUAGCUGUAAUAGGUAUAAUAAAAUUAAUAACAUGGGCUAUGGUACAUCUAAUGGGCAUGUGGUGGCCACCUCAACAAACUCUGGGAGGUGCUCUACAUGCCAUCAUAUUCCUGGGAUUUGCUGCUGCCACUCUGUACUACUUCCUUCAGUCACUACUUGAGGGUCCAGGGUUUGUGCCAUUAGGGUGGAAACCAGAGAAGGAAUCUGACACACAGUAUCUACAAUUUUGUACAGUAUGCAAAGGAUAUAAAGCACCCAGAUCACACCACUGUAAAAAAUGUGGGCAUUGCGUCAUGAAGAUGGACCACCAUUGUCCCUGGAUCAACUGCUGCGUGGGGCACGCCAAUCAUUCUUACUUCACGUCGUUCCUGAUGGCUGGUGUGGUUGGUUGCUUCCAUGCGUCUGUAGUUCUGUCAAUAUGUAUUUACCACGCGAUACACCGCGUGUGGUACAUCCACCACGGUACGGGCCGCGAGCCCAUGAUCUACCUGACGCUGACCACCCUGCUGCUCACACUCCUCGCCAUCGGCAUGGCGGUUGGCGUGGUAUUGGCUGUUGGUGCUCUUUUAUAUUUCCAAAUUCGCGGUAUCCUCCGUAAUCAGACGACAAUCGAGGACUGGAUCCUCGAGAAAGCAGUGAGUCGUCGCGAGGAGCAGGCCCUGCCGAAGUUUGUGUUUCCAUAUGACCUCGGAUGGCGAAGGAACUGGGCUCUUGUGUUCAGUUCUAAAUGCGAUGGACUUCGGUGGCCUCUCAAAGAAGGUUGUGGGGUAUAUGAUUUGACUCGCGAGCAGCAAGCUCAGAAAGUGGAGAAGCGUCUGCGGUCGCGACCGUACACGGCCACGCGGACGUACUCGGGGCGCUGGGUGCCGCUCGUGACGUACACCCGGGCCGCCGCCGCCGCGCCCUGCAGCGACGAGCCGCGCCUGCCGCUGCGGCCCGGCCUGCUGCUCACGGUCACGCGGCAGCGCAGACACUGGCUGUUCGGCGAGGUGGUGGGCGAGUGGUCCGCGUCCGGCUCUCCCCCCGCGCCCCCCCGCGGCCCGCGCGGCUGGUUCCCCCGCGCGGCGGCCGAGCCCCUCCCUCCCACGUACAGGCACAAGACCAAACCAGACUAGCACCACCAUCCCUAAUAA